GCUCAGUGAGAUUGAUGCCUUUGUCAGCAGGGAGAGGAAAAAAAUGUUCUUCUUCGAAGAGCAGCUGCAGGGGAACCUCUCCCUGUAGCCAGCCCAGCCUCAGGCUCCUGGUGCUGUGGGAUGUCCAUGGAGGGGGUAGCCUGCAGUGUGCCUACACCCAGCAGAAAGCCUGAUUAGGAAUUCCUCCUGUCUGUUUGGCUGCUGUUUUUCCCAGGGCUCCACUGACUUAUUCUUUUAUCCAAAAGAGGGUGGAGGGGGGGGGAGAGAAAUUAGCUCAGUCACUCUGCAUUUUCAAUGAAACUUCUGACCAGCUCCAGUCCUCAGAGCUAAAUGCCAUGGACUAGAGCAAAUGAGGCAAAUGUUCCUGUGGGUAUUUCUAUCUCCUUGGCAGCGCAGGGAAGCAACCAUCCCAGCCAGAUAAGGGCUGCUUUUGACCCCUGGUGAUCCCCUGGGAUCCCUGGUACACAGGCUGCCCUUCAGCACUGGCAGCCCAAGGCAGUGGAGGGAGAUAAGGAAGGACUUCGUGACACUGCCAGCAGGGAAAAGUUGUGCACGUGCACACUCCAGCAAUUUAUUGCUUGUUUAGGGAAGGCAGCCUACCUGGAGCUGCUGUGCCAUGCAGGUGAACUGAAUUCCCUGGUCCCCAAACGAGGGUUCUCUCUGCUGAUGGAAUUAGCAUCUGAUGUACCAAUCUGCUGCCAGUCUCCCUGAGCACUCCCAGUCCCAGCUCCAGCAGCCUCAGCCUGUGGGAAGGAAGGAGCUCCCCAGGUUGCAAGUCUACAAGUGCACCCAUCUGCUCGAAAUUGGACUUCCAGAGUUUGCAAUGGGGCUAAAUCUGCAGCAUUCUGAAAGAAUCCCUGGCUGUCAUGUCUAAAAAGCAAAACUGUGGGAGAAAGGGAGUGUCCAACCUCCCUGCUCGAGCUGGGCUCCCAGAGGUUGCUUUAAGAGCCAUGUUUCAUUGCUGGAUUCAGCCCAAGGAUUUAUUUAGACAGCACAGGGUCUUUUCAGAAGGUAUUUCUUGCUGCAGAAUAAUAUAAUGGCCCCUUAAUCAGUGCACAUGACAAGGCCAUUUAUCAUUUGCAAGCCAAAUGUGAAAAGAAUCGUGCUUUUAUUUUGCCUUUACUCCUGCCUCCUUCAGAGAUCCCUUUUCCACCACUUUCACAUGUGAUCUCCAGGAUUUCUUCCCCAGAGGGGACGUGUGUGUGUGGAUAAGUGCUCAUGACAGCGCUACAUCUGCACCUCACAUGGAAUGUUCUCAGCUUCCUUCCCAUUCCUGCCUAGAGACCACGUCAGAGAUGUGUUUUCAAGGAGCCAAAUUCUUUAACUGAUUUUUAAAUCCCAGCUAAAGCUUGUCACUUCCCCUUGGAAAAUGAGUCCACGCCGAGCAAGCACUGGGAAUGCUUUGUCCCGUGGCUUCACUCACUCUGCUCCAGUGUUUGCACAGCAGCCCACACAUGAAUAAGGAAGCUGGCAAAAGCCCUUUGCAAUUUGUAAGCAUCUCACAUCUACCUUAAGAAAAUAAUUAUGUAAAUUCUCUGCUCCCCUGGAGAGGCUUGGGAUGAAAACCAAGGAGAUGCAACAAGAAAAAAUCCUCAGGGCUGCCAUUGUGCACCAGGACUCCUCCCUGCAGUUGCCUGCCCCAAUUCCCUGUCACUCUGGUAAUUCUGCUUUGCUCCCACUGCUUCAAACAGGCACCAGACACCAUUUAGACAGCUUGGCAAAUGGGAUACCCAUGAAUUUCUCAUGGAUCAAUGAACCAAGGUGGCACACAGCAGCAAGGGGCCUGUGGCUCAGCUGGAGCCGGUCAUCAGCAGUUGAACAAAGUACCCCAGAAAAGUGCAGCCAGGUAGCCAGAACAAAAAUCUUGAACAAGCAGGACAGCAACUUACCUGUGUCAUCACAUUGUGAUCAUCCAAAGAAAUUGCUUGUAACAGUGAUAGACAAAAAAAUAUAAAUUUGCACAUGGGAUUUUUAAACAGAGUAUAUUCCUGUAAACAAGCAUAGAUCAAACCCCUUUCCCUUUCCUCUCCUAAUAUUUUGGGCUUGGUUCAUACACAUCUCUUUCCCCUUUCCCAGUUCCAACAGCAACCUUUGUUGUUACUGGCAAAACAAAAACAAAACUGAGGUCUCUGCUUAUCUACAGAGUUGUGCCCUUCAAGGCAGGUUUUUAUCACUUACAUGCUGCUCUCCAGAUAAGUGUGAUUCAGACUGUGAUUUUCCAAGAAGGUUACUGAAUACUGAUUGUCCGAUUGCACAUUCCCUGGAGUUCCCUGAACCACAGCUUGUCCGUGCAAACAGUGAGUCCAGUAAACAAAUGAGCUGUGAAAUGAGUGCAUAUGAAUGACAUAUACGUAAUAAAUGGUGCUGUGUUAUGUCCUUGAGCACAAUGAUACUCCAGCUGAGGGGGAAAGAAAAGGGAGAAUACUCAUACUCACACUGAGUUGGGUUCUCGUGGCUACAAUAAAGUGUGUGCUGCAUAAACAGGCAAUCAAACUUUUUGCCUUGUGGCUCUCACAGUUACGUACAGAAGGGAAAUAUAGGAUUUUUGAGCCGCAUGCAGAAACAACCUUUGAUUACAAAAUUGAUCGGCAAAACAAAGUGACAGGUUUUCAAUACCUAAAAAAAAAAAAAAAAAAAAAAAAGGAGAGAGAAAUCAAUCAUUAGAGCAAAACUUUUCAGCGUUUUUCUCUCCCUCCCGCGUUCUCACUUUGUUUUUUUUCUGUAUCUAGCAACGCAGCCCAGAGCUCCUUAAUGCUCUGCGUGAACUUUCAGAUUAAAACCUUUUAUCUUAAUGGGAAUUCUGAUCCUACUGGGACGUGUUUGCCUGCGCUUAUCAUCCCAUCGCGGGAGGGGUUUUUUGCUCAGGAUUUCCUUUGAUUCGAGUUCUACAGCAGAGAAGUGAAGGCACCAGAACAGCCGACCGCUGCUAACAAUCCUGGAAAAGCUGAGACGUUGUAGCCAUUCUGUGAAUUAAAAAUACUGUGGCUAUUAACUAAAUUGGCAGCAGAGAAUUCCUGUGGGUUUCCAAGAUAUAUCGCUUUGGCAGCACCUGCAUGUGUGAGAACCAAGGCAGUCUUGGAAGGCCUGAAAGUGGUGGAGAUUGAGAAAUGCAAGCGCGACAUUAAAAAGAUGAGGGAGGAAAUGGCAGCAAGAAGCAGCAGGACUAACUGUCCCUGCAAGUACAGCUUUUUGGAUGAAAACAAGAGACCGGCUCCCCGAAGGGAUGUACCAUCCUACCCAAAGUACAUGCUGUCCCAAGAGACCAUCGAAGCACUUCGGAAACCAACCUUUGACGUCUGGCUGUGGGAGCCCAACGAGAUGCUGAGCUGUUUGGAACACAUGUACCACGACCUCGGGCUGGUAAAAGACUUCAACAUCAAUCCUAUCACGUUAAAGAGGUGGUUGCUGUGUAUUCAUGACAAUUACAGAAACAACCCCUUCCACAAUUUCCGGCACUGCUUCUGCGUGACCCAGAUGAUGUACAGCAUGAUCUCGCUCUGCAGACUCCAGGAGAAAUUUUCCCAGAUUGACAUUUUGAUUCUCAUGACUGCAGCAGUAUGCCAUGACUUGGACCAUCCAGGCUAUAACAACACCUACCAGAUAAACGCGCGGACCGAGCUCGCCGUGCGCUACAACGACAUCUCCCCGCUGGAGAACCACCACUGUGCCGUGGCUUUCCAGAUCUUUUCCCAGCCAGAAUACAACAUUUUCUCCAAUGUCGACCAGGACCAAUUCAAACAGAUAAGACAGGGGAUAAUUACAUUAAUCCUGGCUACAGACAUGGCGAGACACGCAGAAAUACUGGACUCUUUCAAGGAAAAAAUGGAAAAUUUUGAUUACUCAAACGAAGAACACAUGACCUGUCUGAAGAUGGUGCUGAUAAAAUGCUGUGAUAUCUCCAACGAAGUCCGCCCAAUGGAAGUAGCGGAGCCCUGGGUGGAUUGUUUACUAGAGGAGUAUUUUAUGCAGAGCGACCGAGAAAAAUCCGAGGGGCUUCCAGUGGCGCCGUUCAUGGACCGCGACAAAGUGACCAAGCCCACGGCACAGAUCGGCUUCCUGAAGUUCAUCCUCAUCCCCAUGUUUGAAACAGUAACAAAGCUAUUCCCAGAAGUGGAGGAGGUGAUGCUCCAGCCCCUGUGGGAAUCCAGGGACCACUACGAGGGAUUAAAACAGAUAGAUGAUGCUAUGAAAGAGCUGCAGAAACAGAAAAGUGAAAGUUUGACAGCCGGCAGCACUGAAAAGUGAGACGAGAAAAGCCCCUGAACAAAACACAAGCCCCGAGGUUGCUCCGGUUUUGAGAAAUGCUGUAUUUGCCAAACAGACGUGGCGGCUGCGUCAAAAUCCAGCUGGGACCGUGCAUGAGGAGAAGCGGCAGGGAUGGAUGUCCUGCCUGCCUGGGCACCUCAUCUACAGCCUGCAGCCUCCUUGCACAGGCGCUGCCGCCGUCGGAUGCCGAGGGUUCCCCACGCUCCAACAUUCCCAGCAGGAUUCCCCCUGCGGACAGUGCACAGGCUGCAGCACGGCUCAAACCUCCGGCAGAGCUGCCUUUCUGGUGACCAAACUGUCAGCCACAGUGUGUAGAGACAAAUCAGAGCUUAGCUAAGGAGCUUUUCCUGGAAAGUGUUCCACUGGCAUCCAAAAACAGCAGAAGAAGUUGUUUUAGUGAAGAUACUCCCUCUAUGUGUACAGCAGUAUGCUAAUUACAGCACAGCUUAACAGAUGCUUAUAUACUGACAAGGGUCCUGGCAUACAUUUUUGUUUGCCCAGUAGGCCCUAAUUACACAUUUCUCUGCAUUAUUCCCUGAAUUUUAUAGUGUUCACAGUGCAUUCAGAAGCCCAGCAUAGUGGAUGCAAUUUUCUUUUUUUUUUUUUCUACACUAGAAGAAAUCAGAAGAAACCUUAGUGAGUUUGCAGGGUUGCUUUGUGGCCUGGUACAGCUGGACACCAUGGGAUCCUUCAGCAUGAGCAAAGAAGGAGCACAAAGCUGAAACCACGGUGCAAACACAUUUUUAUCCUUGUUGAUGCAAAAAAGCAACAAAAAAAACCCCUUCAAAGAUGUACAGAUUUUUUUUUUUUUUACUUUUAAACUGAUCUGCUAAAUAAUAUAUUCUUCUACAGAAA